CCGCCCUCUGACCCGGAAGCAGAAUCGACACGAGCCUCUAAGUGCCCUCCGCGGAUACCCACUCUUCUCUGCCGAUUCCCGGUUCCCUCCGUGCAGCACUUUUCACGCUGAGCCGUAACUGUCCCGGAUUGUGAGCUCCUGCGAAGCCCAGAGCUGCGUUUUUCUUCUCUAGCACUGGCGUCCAACACGUGUUCACAGUUUCAUGACCUUGUCCAGUUGAAGGCUACUUUAUUGUUACAACUGUUCAAACUUUGACAUACAAGAUGAAGCAAGAUGCCACAAGGAAUGCUGCCUACACCGUGGAUUGUGAAGAUUAUGUGCAUGUGGUAGAAUUUAAUCCCUUUGACACCGGGGGUUCCGGAAACCUAAUUGCAUAUGGUGGCAAUAAUUACGUGGUCAUUGGCACGUGUACAUUUCAGGAGGAAGAAGCAGACAUUGAAGGCCUUCAGUAUAAAACACUACAAACAAUUCACCAUGGAAUCAGAGUUGGUGGCAUAGCUUGGAGCCCAGAGACUAGACUUGAUUCACUUCCUCCAGUAAUCAAAUUUUGUACUUCAGCUGCUGAUAUGAAAAUUAGAUUGUUUACGUCAGAUCUUCAAGAUAAAAAUGAAUACAAGAUUUUAGAGGGCCAUUCAGAUUUCAUUAAUGGUUUGGUGUUUGACCCCAAAGAAGGCCAUGGAAUUGCAAGUGUGAGUGAUGAUCAUACCUGCAGGAUUUGGAACUUGGACGGAGUACAGACAUCUCAUUUUGCUCUUAAUUCCCCUGGAAUGAGUGUGUGCUGGCAUCCUGAGGAAUCUUUUAAGCUGAUGGUUGCAGAGAAGAAUGGAACAAUCCGAUUUUAUGAUCUUAUGUCCCAACAGGCUAUUUUAUCUCUUGAAUCAGAACAGAUACCAUUAAUGUCAGCACACUGGUGUUUAAAAAACACCUUCAAAGUUGGAGCUGUUGCAGGGAAUGAUUGGUUAAUUUGGGAUAUUACUCGAUCCAGUUACCCUCAAGUGAAGAGACCUGUCCACAUGGAUCGAGCCUGCAUAUUUAGGUGGUCCACAAUUAAUGAAAAUUUGUUUGCAACCACUGGUUAUCCUGGCAAAAUGGCAAGCCAGUUUCAAAUUCAUCAUUUAGGACACCCUCAGCCCAUCCUCCUUGGUUCAGUAGUCGUUGGAUCUGGCCUUUCCUGGCAUAGAACUCUCCCACUAUGUGUAGUUGGAGGCGACCACAAGCUGUUGUUUUGGGUAACUGAAAUGUGAAAUAAAUUUCUGUCUAACUUGGAUCCAUAAGUUUUGCAUUUUUGGAGAAUUCCUUAUUUUUAUAUUAAAUAUACUGUAAACUCUA